AUGUUGAAACAAAACAUGCAAACCCAUGUUGCCAUAAUUACAGGCGCGAAUAGUGGUGUAGGAUUCGGAAUCGCACAAAGGCUAUUAGAUUAUUCGUCGAAAAAUCCAUCCUUCCGUAUCCGUGUUGUGCUUGCUUGUCGCAACGCAACACGAGCAUCCGUUGCUCGUGAAGAAUUAAUAAAAGAAUAUCCUGAAAGUUUGGUUGAUGUAGUAAUCGUUGAUCUUAGUUCGAUUGAUUCUGUUUUUAAGUGUUGCAAGGAAAUUAAAGAAAAAUAUGAUCGAAUCGAUUUACUAUUCUGCAAUGCUGGGAUAUUGUCAUGCGACUACCUAGAUUGGUGGGGCGCGUUUUAUUUAGGGUUGACGAGUCCUGUAAGAUUGUUAACAGAAUCUAAAGUAGUAGUUCAGCCUAUAGGAAAUAAAACGAGAGAUGGAUUAGGUGAAACAUUUGCAUGUAAUGUGUUUGGGCACUAUGUGAUGAUACGUCAAUUAGAAGAUUUGAUGAGUAUAUCAGGUGAUGCUCGCAUAAUUUGGACGAGUUCUAGUGCUUCAAGCAAAGAUUAUUAUAAUUUCGCGGACUAUCAAUGUAUUGAGGGUAAUAAUCCUUAUGAAUCAUCCAAAUAUAUCACUGAUAUCAUUGCAAUAGCUCUUAAUACCCGGUUAAACCAACGACAUAUUUACAGUUUUACCACACAUCCCGGUGUUGUUGCUACGAAUAUUGUCGGUGAUCAUUUGGGAUGGGUUAUGGACAAAUUAAUGAGAGUUGGAUUUCAUCUGGGACGCAUUUGUGGGUUACGAGAAGAAACAAUCACCGCAUGGAAUGGCUCAUAUUCUAAUUUCAUUGUAGCUACACUACCUAUCGAACGCCUUGAUAAAUCUCUUAAGUAUGGUAGCUGUGUCAAACCAUGGGGAACAGUUUACUAUGAUGAGAAUUUUGUCGAUUAUCAUGAAAAGGACGCCACUGCUUUAUUAAAUCAAUUAGAUCGCUUAUUGGAGAAUUUUUCUCAAAAAUAA